GUGCAGCGAGUCCACGAGAGAGAGAGAGAGAGAGAGAGAGAGAGAGAGAGAGAGACUGCACCGCAUUGACAGAGCUCCGGUACCGACAGCCGGUCAGCACCGAGCAGCAGCAGGAGGAGGUGAUAGUGUUCUGAUGCCGCUGCGGAGUUGACGGUGCCCGGUGCAGCAGAGGAGGAGCGGAGCGGUGGAGCAGCGGCAGGAUCUGACUGACAGACGCUCGGUCUCUGUGUUUUGCUGUUUUCUCUCUGCUUUCCUUGGAUGCUGAAGGAUUGAUGGGGAUGGAGAUACAACACAGUCUCCCAGCGCUGCUGUACACCUGGACCCAAGAGCUGCACUGACAGAGGUCUAUUAAGUGGUCACGACAGAGUGUGGACAGACUGAAGCUAAGUGUCCACGUCGGUGAACGUCCUCGGUUCGGCUGUCAGGAGAACCAUAUAGCCAAUCGGGAGAGGUGUCGGGGCGAGAGGCCGGCCAAUCGGAGGGGGAGAGAUGUCGGGGCAGGGCGGCCAUGUGGCCCUGGCUCUCAUGUCAUUACUGCUGCUACUCUGGCGCGAAGCAGCACCCAUUGAAGUCCCAAAUGACCCCAAGAUCCUUCAAGACCUGAAGCAGCCCCCCACUAUAGUCAAACAGUCAGUGAAGGACUACAUUGUCGACCCCAGAGAUAACAUCAUCAUCGAGUGUGAGGCCAAGGGCAACCCAGUGCCAACGUUCUCAUGGCGGAGGAACGGGAAGUUUUUCAACAUCGGGAAAGAUCCCAGGGUGACGAUGCGAAAACGCUCAGGAACUCUGGAGAUUGGUUUCCGUAGCGGCGGACGACCGGAGGACUAUGAGGGGGAGUACCAGUGUUUUGCCAACAAUGAAUUCGGAGUGGCUCUGUCCAACAAAAUCCUGCUCCGGGUCUCCAAGGCUCCUCUGUGGCCGAAAGAGGUGCUGGAGCCGGUGGUGGUGACUGAAGGCAGCCCGUAUGUUCUAGCCUGCAACCCCCCACCAGGCCUGCCUCCUCCGAUCACCUUCUGGAUGGACACCGCUAUGACUCCCAUCCCUCAGGAUAAGAGAGUGUCCAUGGGUCUGAAUGGAGACCUGUACUUCUCCAACGUUCUGGCCAAAGACGCUCACCAUGACUACAGCUGCAAUGCUCGCUUCCUUUUCACACACACCAUCCAGCAGAAGAACCCCUUCUCACUCAGAGUUCUGACAACGGAGCCGUAUAAUGACACAUCUUACAAUGCCACUGACCCCUAUGGUGGCCGUAAAGUAGUCGAGUCCACACCGACCUUCCUCUCGCCCUCGGGGAGUGAGAGCUCCAAAAUGGUGCUACGAGACGAGCAACUGCUGCUGGAGUGUAUCGCUGCUGGACUUCCGACGCCCACUAUCAAGUGGUUUAAGAAGGGUGGUGACCUGCCAGGGCGGAAAGUGAAGUUUGAGAACUACAACAAGACCCUGAAGAUUAUCAACGUGUCGGAGGAGGAUGCCGGGGAGUAUGUAUGCAUGGCCAACAAUCAUUUAGGCAGCAUACGCCACUCCAUCCUUGUUCAGGUCAAAGCGGCUCCUUAUUGGCUGGACAAACCUACAAACCUGGUGCUCGCCCCGGAUGAGAACGGGCGCCUGGUGUGUCGGGCCAACGGCAACCCUAAACCUAACAUCCAAUGGCUGAUCAACGGACAGCCCAUAGACAGCUCUCCCCACAACCCCAGCAGACAGGUGUCCGGCGACACCAUCAUCUUCCGCUCGGUGCAGAUGGGAAGCAGCGGCGUCUACCAGUGCAACGCCUCCAACCAGCACGGCUAUCUGCUGGCCAACGCCUUCGUCAGCGUCCUCGACAUGCGUCCGAGGAUGCUGGGCCCUAAGAACCAGCUGAUCAAAGUCAUCGAGAACAACCGCACCUUCCUGGACUGUCCCUUCUUCGGUUCCCCUCUGCCGGAUUUACGCUGGUUUAAGAAUGGACAGGGCAGUGGGCUGGAUGGCGGUCAGUACCGCGUUUACAUCAACGGCACUCUAGAGAUCAGACGGGCCCGAGCAGAGGACGAGGGCACCUACACCUGCGUGGCCAGCAGCAUCCUGGGCAAGGCCGAGAACCAGGUCAUCCUGGAGGUCAAAGAGCCGACUCGCAUACUUCGAGCCCCGGAGCACCAGUCGGCCAUCAGGGGCACCUUCGCUCACUUUGACUGCAAGGUGAAGUCGGAUCCCAGCCUGCCCGUCACUGUGGCCUGGACAAAGGACGACAAGCCUCUCUACGGAUGGAGGGUGAAGAAGAACGAGGACUCGCUAGUCAUCUACAAUGUGAACGAGGGCGACGAGGGAACGUACAGCUGCACCGUUAAAUCAGAGAUAGACCAGGACUCAGCCUCGGCCCGCCUCACUGUGUUAGAGGAAGCCUCCCUCAACCCCUCAGUCUCUAGUGCCUUGCCUCCAGACCGUCCAGACCCUCCCGUGGAAUUGGAUCUGUCAGACCCCGCAGCCCGCAGCAUUCGCCUCACCUGGAUCCCCGGAGUCGACAACAGGAGCCCGAUCACAGAAUUCCUGGUCCAGUUCGAGGAGAACCGCUGGGAACCGGGCAGGUGGAAGAACCUGUCCUCUUACCCCGGAGACCUGAACUCUGUCCUCCUGCAGCUCGACCCCUUCGCCAACUACCAGUUCAGGGUCAUCGCCAUUAACUCAGUGGGCCAGAGUGAGCCCAGCCGCCCCUCGCCACGGUUCCUCACCAGCGCAGCCGCCCCAGAUGCCAUUCCCAAAGGUCUAAGAGGAUGGGGAUCCAAGAAGGACAAUAUGGAGAUCACCUGGGAGCCUCUGCUUGAUCUGGAGAGGAAUGGCCCAAACCUGCACUACAACGUUUGGUGGAGACGGAAGGAUUCGGGAGAGGAGUGGAGCAACGUGACCACCGUGGGGCCCAAACACGUCAUCCACGACACAGAAACCUACGUGCCUUACGAGGUCAAAGUCCAGGCCAGGAAUAAGUUUGGACGAGGGCCUGAGUCUAAUGUGGUCGUCGGAUACUCUGGAGAGGACAAGCCCACCGACGCUCCCACUGACCUGCGGGUGGCAAAGGUUGACAGCAGAAAGGCGAACAUGCACUGGAAGCCAGUCGACCUGAGCUCUGUCCAGGGAGAGUUCAAGGAGUACAGAUUGUACUACUGGCGUGAGUCCAGUCUGGUUCCGGGUCUGGUGGUCAGCAAGGAGAAGAAGACCAAAGGUUUCUACAGCAUCGUCGCCGAGCCGUCCGGCACCCUCAGCGACCUGGUGCCCUACUCCAAAUACAAGAUGUUCAUGGUUGUGGCCAACAACGCCUUUGAGGGUCCACCCAGCAACACGGUGGAAAUCACUACCAAGGAGGGAGUGCCAGAUGCUCCGAGGUUUUUCAGGAUUAAACGGAGAAGUUUUGACACACUCAACCUCGAAUGGGACAAACCUCUGGAGCCCAACGGCAUUCUGAUUGGAUACCAGCUCAAGUACCAAGCAGUCAAUGGCUCCAGGGUUGGUCGUCUCCAGUUGGAGAGUUUCCCUCCUAAUGUGACAGAGUUCAGCGUCCGCCUGCCGGACCGAUCCAUCCGCUACAAGUUCUUCCUGUCGGCGCUCACCCAGGUGGGAGCAGGGGAGGUCUUUGCUGAGGAGUCCCCACACUUCGCCAAUGAAGACAACUUUACUGACUCUACAGGUUUAAUAGUCGAGCUUACAGACGCCUCCCUGGCAUCAGCUUUCACUCCUACUCCUCCUCCUCUCGCUCCUCUUCCUCCUACUACCAUCGCUCCUACAACCAUUAGUACCUCAACUUCUUCUACCACUCCUACAACUACGACUCCUCCUCCUACUACUACUACUGCUACUUCUCCUUCUACUACUACCACCGCCGCCGCCACUACAACUGAGGCAGCCACUACCACCACCGCUCCUCCUGCGCUGGUCACCAUCAAGCGUACUGAUAAGAAUGUGUUGGUGCCCUCUGGGUGGGAGAUCUGGAAUCUGACGGUGGAGUUUAACAGUAACUACGCUAACGUCAGCUGGAGACACAACUUCCCGCCCGGCAGCAGCGAGUUUGUGCUAGAGUUCACACUGGACAGCGACAAGACGGUGAAAGUUGUAGCGGUGAAACAGCAGCCCCCCAUUAAGGUGGCAGAUCUGAUCGCAGGCGCCACGUACCAUCUGAGGGUUUACUCCCAUGAGCUCAACAGCGUCAGCAGCGAACCCUUCACCUUUAAGAACAAACCAGCCUACAUAGACCAGGUAGACAUAGCCACCCAAGGCUGGUUCAUUGGCUUGAUGUGUGCCAUCGCCCUCAUCAUACUGAUCCUCCUCAUCGUCUGCUUCAUCAAGAGGAGUCGCGGGGGCAAAUACCCAGGUGGGGGUUGCAUGACUGGUUUCGCAAAAUGUCUCGUUCGUGACAAAAAAGAUCUGCCCUUGGACCCAGUAGAUCAGAAAGACCAGGAUGGAUCCUUUGAUUACCACAGCGACGAGGACAACAAGCCUCUCCAGGGCAGCCAGACGUCGCUGGAUGGCGCUGUGAAGGAAAGCGACGACAGCCUGGUGGACUACGGCGAGGGCGGCGACGGCCAGUUCAACGAGGACGGCUCUUUCAUCGGUCAGUACACGGUGAAGAAGGACAAGGACGAGACGGAGGGCAACGAGAGCUCCGAGGCCACCUCGCCCGUCAACGCCAUCUACUCGCUGGCGUAGCGCCGCGGCGGCAGCAGCAGCAGCACACGGGGGGACGCUGAUCUGAUUUGAGGGCGUUACGACAAAAACCACGACACCAUACACCUGACACAAACACACACACACAUGAAUAUAUUAAUAUAUGAAACACAUUAAACACAGAAGGAACGCAGCAGGGCCUGUCUGGAGACUGGGUAGGCUUCCCUCUGCUGAUAAAGUAACAGGGGAACACGGAUUAGACCACAAGCCUUUAUUUUAGUUUUCCAGCUCGAAGAAAUUGGCCCGUUGGAGCUGACGUUUGGACAAAGAGGACAGUGCUUGUUUUCCUCUGCGCUCCGUCUGACCCUUACACAGACUUGAAGUGUGCCUUCGGGGCAGCUCUCAGCACUUGGAGGCAUCAACAAGCGUUCUUUAGAGAUUUGUUUCUUUGGCUCGUUUCUGCUCUGAACAUUUUCAGCGUCCCUGCUACUCCUUCCUGAUACGCCCCCCCCCCCCCCUUCAUACCUCUGUUUAGCAUCCCAGUAAAGUACACACAAGAGGUCCCUGACACACACACACACACAUACACACACUGGCCCCGUCCUGCAACAUAUUAGCUUCUAACCAUCAAACUCAACAGGAUGCCGGCAGAUAUGUUUAUCAUAUUGAUAUUUACGCAAUGAAAGAUUUUAGUUUUUCCACAGCUGGUAGACGAGUCAUCGAAUCUUAAAUGAGUGCUGUAUACAGUCCUGGCACACAUUUUAGUGCCCUGCAAAAACUAUGCACCUAUCACCUCCUCCAUACCAUUUUGGGUUUAAUCUGGUUAGUAAAAGUACACAUUUUCUUUUUUUUUGACCACUCACAGGCUAAAUCACACGCUUUUAUUCACUUUGCCUUGUAGGCUGCGACGUGGUAGACGAUGUUUUUUCUUACCUCUAAUCCAAUGUUGUAGUGCAGAGAAGCUAUUUCUGCCACCACAAGCACCACGCUCUGCUAUCUCAGUAUGUUGUUAAUGAAUCCCAUUAAAACAAAAAAAAAGAUGAUAAAUAUUAUUUCGGAGCAUGGUAGUAGCUUAGUGCAAGAGAAAUGGAAGGCAACAGAGAGGGAAGUUGAUCUUUAGACCACAACCCGGUGAAUUCACUAGUAAGCAUGCAGGCUAUAAUGCUGCGUUCAUGUCAAAUGGGAACAAAUGUCGGUCGACAGUUCAAAUGUUGACACUACUUUGGAGCUGUUAAGCGUCCAUGUUUCUGUUUUUCUGUUGACUUUGGUUUCUUAUUUGUUACAGGCGGUACUUUUGAAAGUACGUUUUUAUACCAAACCAGACAUUGCUUAUGUCAAUCCAACACGGUGAUCACAUAAUGACUAAUUAGGAUCGGGAAAAAGUAAAAAAGAAUAUUUAUAUUUCCUCUACAACUUACCUGUGACACCAGAAUUCUGGAAGUUUUUAAACUUCUUUAGUAUGAACUCCUGUAAGCGGAGAAGUGUUUUCAAGUUGGAAGCCAAAGUCUACAUUCUCUCCCAUGGGCCAUGAAUGCAGCACGAGAGGCCGGGACCCUUAGGGUGUGUUCAGACUACAUUUUUACCACAAUUUUUUCUUUUUUUUUUCUUUGCAGUCUAUGUUUAUUUGCCUUAAACAGCCAAUGUAUUAGCUGUUAGUAACAUACGCACUAACCUCCGGUUCUCUCUGUUACUUUCCUCCGGACCUCUCUCUCUUUUCUCGUCUCCAUAUGUUCAUAAAUUGGGAAUAAAUUGGGAGUCAUAAAGCCUCGGAAUAGGCCAAAAGUUUUACUCGAGUGUCAACACGGACACAUCUUUCUCACAUCUGUGCAUCGCCUUUAUAUGCAAUCACACCACCUCUCAACGUUCUCUUUGUGUUCAGUCUGAACCCACCCUUAACAGAGGGAUCUAAAACCUCCGUCCCUCCAUCCGUCUUUUAUAUUUAUAUAUAUUUCUUAAUCACUACAGAUGAAAAAAAGACAGCGUUAGGGCCACGUAGACUACGUAAAAUAAGAUUUACAGCAUGAAAAUAUAUACAAUGAAUUCACAGCCAACCGUUGAAAUGGAACGUAUCAGCUUAUUUUUUUUUUUGCAGAGGAAGAACGAUAAAAAGAAAACUGUUUGAGUAACAGAGCAAGGUCUCAUGUACACGCUCAGUAUUUCACAUUCGUCAUGUCGCCAUUCUGUUAACAGACUGAUGGACUGACGGUCAGUGAUUUUGCUUGUGUUUCUUUAUUUUACACUCAAUGUUCACAUCAUACUGUAGUUACCUGCUACUCGACGGCACUAUUAACCCCUCCAAUGCUAAAUCAGAAAGAUCUUUUCACUCCAGUUAGCGACUGGAGUUCACAUUGUAUUUCAAAUAUUUAUUUUAUAUUUCUAUUUAUUACAUUAUGUGGAUAGUAUUAAUAUUAGUCCUUCAUUUAAUAAUUGUUAUAUACACCAACUUAUUUUGUUGUUUUACACCAGAAAUAGCCAGAAUAAAGGAUGUCUCCAGAAUCUGUUAUUGUUCAUCAUAAGAGGCAUUUUAAACACAACAGUAUGUUCAAGAUAUUUGUGAUAUUUGUAGCAGCUGGAUUUCUGCUGUAAACAAAACAACAACAACAACAAAAUACCUGUCGUGUUUAUCUGUGCUGCUCUUCUCGUACUCAUGUCGUAUUACGAUUACUCUGUGUUGUUAUUCAGAUUUAUGUAACAUAACCUUUCCGCCACACAGAAAAUUAAUAUUGUUGCUUAUUAUUUAUUUGUCAUAUAUUCUGUACUUGUAGGUCCUGAAAA